AUGAAUAAAAGGACUUUAGAAGACGUGGAGAUAAAUGUGAAAACUCUGAAAGAGAGAGAUUUUACCUCGGAAGAUAGAUUUGGAGUGCAUGAACCAUCUCUUGUGAUAGAAGAACAUGAAGAUUUUAUAAAAAUUAACGGUAAAGUCUUAGAAAAGCCUUUUGUAGAAAAACCAUCAGACUCGGAAAAUCACUACAUUUACAUUUACUACAAAGGAGGUGGUGUGAGAAAACUUUUUAGGAAAAUAAAUAAUAUUUCCAGUGAGAUGGAUUAUACCAUAAAAGGUAUCAGAAAGGUUGGAUCUUUUAUUUAUGAAGAGUUCAUACCUUCUACUACCGAUAUAAAGGUAUAUGCCAUGGAUGAUAGGAUCUAUGCUGAAUCCAGAAAAUCACCCAGUGUUGAUGGAAUAGUAGAGAGGGAUUCUAAAGGGAAGGAAAAACGAGAGGUUAUCAAAUUAACAGAACUAGAAUGCAGCUAUGGUAAGACGAUUACUAAGGCUUUUAAACAAUUAAUUUGUGGGUUUGAUGUAAUCAGAUACCAGGAUACUUCUUAUGUUAUUGAUGUAAAUGGAUGGAGUUUUGUUAAAGGGAAUGAAAUGUACUAUGAGAUGUGCUUUAAGGUUUUGGAUAGGAAAUUUAAAGAAGUGAGCGAGAGGAAGGAUGAAGAGAUGAUGAAAGAUAAUACCACUACUUUUAACUAUGAACCAUCCUCAUGUAAUGACCCUAACCUUUUUUUAUAUUCCCAUUACUGUAAUUCCAUCUCUACUUCACCUUACAGCACCUCGUCUAGAGAAAUACCAAAGCUGAUAGUAAAAAUUUACAGACACGGGGACAGGACACCAAAACAAAAAUUAAAAGUAAAGAUGAGGGAAAUCAGUGAGAGGGAAGAGGAAAUAAUAGUAAAAAAUGACUUUGAGGGAGUUUUAAAGGAAUUGAGGAAUAGAUAUAAUGAAGCAAAAAUGGGAUACAAAGUUAAGGGGAUAUAG